AUGGCGUUUAUUAAAGAGGAGAGUGAAGAUGUGAAGAUUGAAGAAACAUUCACAGUCAAACAGGAAGAUCUGCAGGAACAAACAGAUUUGAUGGUGCUGAAAGAAGAGACUCAUCAACAGAAUGAAAUAGAUGAGAAGCAGCAGUUUGAGAAACCCCAAGAAAUAACGACUGAUAAAAAACCCACACUGACUAAAAAGACUUCAUCACACGGAAGACCUCGGAAAUCCAAAUUGGGGUGUAAUUUCAGCUGUAAACAGUGUAGUAAGAGUUUCAGUCAGAAGUCAAAGCUUGAUGUUCACAUGAGAGUUCACACUAGGGAGCAACCUUUUACCUGCGAACAGUGUGGAAAGAGUUUUGGUCAAAAACAAAGCUUUAAAUCCCACAUGAGAAUUCACACUAGAGAAAGGUUGUACACAUGCCAACUGUGUGGAAAAAGCUUUUAUCAUGCUGGACACUUUGCAGCACACAUGAGAAUUCACACUGGGGAGAAGCCUUUCAGGUGUAAACAGUGUGGAAAGAGUUUCAGUCAAAAGUCAAACCUUUAUGUUCACAUGAGAGUUCACACAGGGGAGAAACCUUACACCUGCGAACAGUGUGGAAAGAGUUUUAGUCAAAAACGAAGCUUUAAAGCCCACAAUAGAACUCAUACUGGAGAGAAGCCUUUCAGCUGUAAACAGUGUAGAAAGAAUUUUAGUACAAAGCUGAACCUGAUUGCUCACAUGAGAGUUCACACUAGGGAGAAACCAUACACCUGCGAACAGUGUGGAAAGAGUUUAGGUAAAAAACAAGACCUUUACAUCCACAUGAGGAUUCAUACUGGAGAGAAACCUUACACAUGCACAGAGUGUGGUAAAAAUUUCCCACAUAAAAACACACUCAAUCACCACAUGAGAAUUCACACUGGAGAGAAGCCGUUUGCAUGUGCUCAGUGUGGAAAGAGCUUCACAACCAAAUUUAGCCUCAAGAACCACAUGAAUGGUCACACUGGAACCAUAGUGUUCACAUGUGAUCAGUGUGGAAAAAGUCUCACACGGAAAGACACCAUUAAGCAACACAUGAAGACUCACUCAAGAGAGGAUCGUUUUAGAUGCAGUGAGUGUGGAAAGGGCUUUAAAAGUAAAAGAAGCCUCAACACUCACGUGAAGCUUCACAAUGGAGAGCAGAGUCCUCAACAUUAA